GGGGGUGGGCGGGCUGAAAGCGAGUUCCAGGCCUUGGUGGCCGCACCGCGGAGGCUCAGAGUCCCUCGGCUAGCUGCCGGGAGAGGUGAAGCACCGAGCCGACUGGAGGAGCAGCGCAGCGGAGAACAGAAGCGCUGCGCAGGAUACCAUGGGUCCUGGUUUAUCUCUAACUGACGAUGUAUGUGAGGUUCCUUGAACUCCUCCCCAUCCUCCUUCCCACCUCCCAAGUGCUGGGAUUACAGAUUUCAGCUCAGUUACUUAUGGCUUCCCCUAAAAUUGCUUCCCUCUCUUGGGGACAAAUGAAAGUGCAAGGCUCUACCUUAACCUAUAAGGAUUGCAAAGUAUGGCCAGGAGGCAGUCGGGCUUGGGACUGGAGAGAAACAGGAACCGAGCAUUCUCCUGGAGUGCAGCCCGCAGAUGUAAAGGAAGUUGCUGAGAAGGGUGUACAGACACUUGUGAUUGGCAGAGGAAUGAGUGAGGCCUUGAAGGUGCCUCCGUCGACUGUGGAGUACCUUGAGAAACAAGGCAUCGAUGUGCGGGUCCUCCAGACAGAGCAGGCAGUGAAGGAGUAUAAUGCCUUGGUUGCCCAAGGGGUCAGGGUAGGCGGUGUCUUCCAUUCUACCUGCUGAUGGCGCCUACAGAGGAGAAGAAAUCAGACUGCAAAGCCUUGGCUGUCUUACCAGUCUCCACAUCAGCCUUCACUGUGUAUUUUGGACUUAUGUUCAUGUUCUUGGGACAGAUUGAUGGGAGGCUAAGGCAGAGGUUUUGCUCUCCAGGUUGCUUAAAUCAGAAAAGAGAGAGAUUUGCUGACAUUUAGUAUUGUGCUAUGUGUUAAGUUCAAAGUAUGAGAAACUUGAUACAAAAAUAAAGGUUGAAACUUGAAGGCCA